AUGGCCUCCGGGGGCAACCCUGCUCCCGACGACAGCGAGGACGAUGGCGACCCUCCCGUCCAGGAGCGCCAGCCUGAGCGUGAGGGUACCACCCUCACGCUCUUCUUUCCACUCCCGGCGACGUUUCUAUGCUGCGAGGAGGGCUGCGCGACCGCCUACAACCCAGAAGUGUGGACGUCGCGCCGCCAGUCGCUGCAGCGGCACCUCGAGGGGGAGCAUGGCGUGCGGAUAACCCGGACGGUAUACCACUGCACCAUUUGCGGCGCUACGCUGGGGAAACGGCCGACAACGCAUGGCUGCCUGGUGAACCUUCCAGCUGCUGCCCCUCCCCCCCCUCACCGGCACCAGUGCCCGACCUGCUCGAGCUCCUUCACGUCAAGGAAGGGGCUCUACAAUCAUGAGCAACGGCACCGGAGGGAGGAGGCACUUUUGGCCCGGCAGAACGCUACUGCCGGUCCACCACCAGCAGCCGCUGUGGCCGGUCCUUCAGGAGAGUCCUGCCGUGCAGGGGACACCAGGACGCCACCUCAUCAGCCUCCACCUGGACCGGCUACACCCCCACAUCCCCCCCUUUUGAGGUCACACCUGCUCCUAUGGACGGAGAUGGGGCCCUGGGGGAGCUUGCACUCGGAGCGACGCCCGUCGUCUCGACGAGUCAGCUGUCUUCGUGACUCUGCGGACGACGACGGCACGGAGAGCGCGCCUGUACACCAGGCGGACGAUGCGGGUGACGACCAGCCGGGUGGUGACUCCAACCAGGCAGUACCUGCAGGCGAUGACGUCAGCUCCUCGGAGGAGUACGCCAGCCCAGCUGUGGACGACACCGAGGAGCCAGCUCACCAGCAGAUGGGGCGCGUCGUCGAGUUGUCGGCGCCUACCGAGCAGGCGACGACACUCGCAAACAACUUUGGCGAAGCGGGGCGAGAACCCGCCGAACCGACAGCGCCCCAUGGCGACGUCACCGGCAGCAACUACGGUACACAGGACGAGGCAGCUGACACCCUGGGGCCCGAGAGCGCCUGGUUCCUGGCGGAGGUGACGGCAGAGCUACGUGACCUUGGCCGGAGCCCUGUGUCGGAGGAGCAAUGGGCGCGGUUCGAGCCCAUCCUGGACCGCGCCGAGGCAGCCAUCGUUGACCAUCUUCGGCUGCCCUGUCGGGGCUCACGCCAAACACCACCUCGGCGUGAGAUAAACCCCGACAAUGCUUCUCUCAUACAGGGACUUUACAGGAGAAACCGGCGACGGGCCGUCCGCCUCAUUGCGGAGGGCCCGUCCGAGCUCUGCCCCAUCAACCCAGGCACCCUUCAAGGCCACUUCACUGAACUCUGGGCCCCGGUAGCCGUGGACACAACGCUCCUCAGGUCACGAGCCCCCACAACAGAGGAGAUGGACACGUGCCCCUUCCUGCCAGACGAAGUCGCAGCCAAGCUCCGAAGGUGCGAAAGCACAGCUCCUGGGGAGGACCGUCUGACCUACCACCACUGGAGGCAGGUGGAUCCUGACGGGCGGUUCCUGGCGGCGGUGUUCAACAUCUGUCUCUUACACCGCCGCACACCCCAGAGCUGGAAAUCAUCGAGGACGAUCCUGAUUUACAAGAAGGGCGACCGCGAGGACCCCACAAACUGGCGACCCAUUGCCCUUGGUCGAACGAUCGCCAAACUGUAUGCCGGGUGUCUCACCACCCGGCUGCAGCGGUGGUUGGGCGACCAUGCGGUACUGUCCAGGUGUCAGAAGGGCUUCCUGCCGCUACGAUGGGGUGUUCGAACACAACUUCGUGCUGCAGGGACGCCUGGACGACGCCAGGACGGGAAGGUGGGGAGCUGUGCGUGGGGUUUCCUCGACUACGCCAACGCCUUCGGCUCGGUCGCCCAUGAGGCCCUCGUCGACGCUGUCCGCGGCGCCGGCGCGGGGGAGCCCUUCGCGGAGAUCGUGGAGGAACUCUACCGCGCCAACACCACCUGCGUCGUGGCAGCUGACGGCACCACGGAGCCAAUCGCCAUCGAGCUGGCCUACGCCAAGGCUCGCCGUCUCAACGUCGUGACAGCCCUCUCGGACCGGCUGGGACUGCGACUCAAGCCCGCCAAGUGCCGCACCCUCCACCUAUCCGGGCGCUAUCCGGUGGGCACACGGCCCACCACUUUCACCGUUGGAGGCGUCCCGGUUCCGGCACUGGCGGACUACGAGGGGCACCGUUUCCUGGGGCGACCUGUGGGCUUUCGGGUGCUCCCGGACCAAACGACCGUCGACGAGGCCAUCCACCUGGGCAGGAAGCUACUCUCCUCAAUGCUCACCCCGUGGCAGAGGCUGGAUGCAAUUAAAACUUUUUUAUAUCCAGCUCUGAACUUUGCCAUGCGGGUGGGCCUCGCCAGCAAGGGAGAGUGGCAGCGUUUGGAUGACGAGCUCCGCCCCCUCAUCAAGAAGACCCUGUACGUUCCGGCCAGGGCAUCUAACGACUACGUGUACGGGAGCGCACGGGCCGGCACUGCAGGGAUCCCUUUGGCGGCGGAGCUGAGUGACAUCUGCCGGGUGGACGGGGCCUUCAAGCUCCUGACGUCGACGGACUCGGAGGUUCGGGAGCGGGCAAGGGAGGCGCUGCACCAGGUGGUCUCCAGGCGGCUCCGACGCGAUGCUGACGGCGAGGACAUCGAGGCCUACCUCUCGGGCGACACGGAAGGCGACUUCAGACAGACCCCCACUCAACUUCAGUCUGUCUGGACGGAGGCCCGCAAAGCCUCCCGUCGCCUAACUGUCGCCUGGGAGCUACAAGACCAGGGCGCCCGCAUCACCUGCGGGGAGGCCACGGUGUCCGCGCGGAACCGGAACAAGCUGGUGAGAACUCUCCGGGCCAUCCUCAGCCAGAACCGGGACCGUUCCCUCGAGGCGAAGCCAAACCAGGGCAAGGCGAUGGCGUGUGUAGCGGCGGACCCCGCUAACUCGCACUUCAUGCGGACCGGCCGCUACACCAGGUUCAAGGAGUGGCGCUUCAUUCAUCGAGCCCGGCUUAAUCUCCUCCCCCUCAACGGCACACGUACCUGGGUACCUGCAGCUGAUAAACGGUGCCGACGCUGCGGGUACAGGGAGGAGACGCUGCCGCACGUACUCUGCCAUUGUAUGCGGCAGAGCCGGGCAAUGACGGAGCGCCACAACGCCAUCGUCGCACGUAUCAAGAAGGCUGCCCUGGGAAGGUUCACCGUCAUCGGGGAGAACCAACAGGUCGGACUUCCCGGCCUGCGACCUGACCUGGUCCUGGCACGAGGCGAGGAAGCCUUGAUCCUGGACGUCUGCUGCCCUUUCGACAACAGACUGCAGGCGUUCCAGGAAGCCCGGAGGCUUAAGGAGGAGAAGUACGCCCCCUUACAGCGACAUCUCCUCCGACGGUUCCAGCGCGUUUCCGUCGAAGCCAUCGUCGUCGGCUGCCUGGGGUCGUGGGAUCCGGCUAACGAUCGUGUCACGCGCAGACUGUGUUCAAGAACUAUCUGCGAACAAUGA